AUGGCGAAGAAAACUCAACGGCGUGCUGCUGCUAGACAGGAGAGGGAUCAGUUAGGAUGCAUGUGGGGAUUCAUGAAUAUGUUUAGUUUCCGCCAUGGACCACUAAGUCACAAGCUGCUUUUGGAGCAAAAGCAUGCUUCUGGAAAUCAUAGGAACAAGGAGGUUGGCAAGUCCAAAUGCCGCGAUAAGGAUGCUCAAGAAACCCAUGUUGGUGAAGAACGCAAUGUCACGAUUACGAUUAUAAAGCCAAGUGUGAAGAAACUCAUAGCCGAAGAGUUGUUCAUUGACAAGGAAAUGCAGAAGCAGAUGGAGAUUGCUGAAGCAGGACAGUUAUCAGACUCUGAACUCGAAGGCAGAAGAAGGAAAAACCAGAGGAAAAAAAACAAGACCCGGAAGAAUAGCUUCGAUAGUUUUAGCCAUAUAAACAGAAUUGAUAGUGAAGAGCCUGAAGUUCAUCAUAGAGAUCAGAAGCAUCAUGAGUCUGCAAAGAGUCUUGACAUUGAUAAUAUGAUUGAAGAGUUCUAUUCUGAGAUUCAUCGCAAAAGUACAAGCAUUGCGAAGAAGAAUGGGAUCACGAAUCACAAACAUGAAGACUAUAAAGAGAAACUGAGGGAGUUGGUCAAGUUUUUAAUAAGUCAGAAGCUUUUACAUGGGAACCGUCCCAGAGAAAACAGCGAAAUCCUUACGUCUAAAGACUUGAUGGAAGUGUUUCAGAUUCUUGGAUCGGACGAGGAAUUGUUUCUCAAACUUCUGCAAGAUCCAGAGAUACUUGUGCCAAGGGAUAUUCAAGAUUCACAAAACUGCCAAACUCAGAAAGGAGAAGAAAACUUGAGCUUGUUUGAGAUAACCUGCGCAUCGGAACAAUCUUCUCUUGCUGAUAAGAAAUGGUCUAGCUUCUUCAGAAGGAAAGAUACCCCACAAGAAGUGAUUGAUGACAAAGAAUGCGAAGCUUCAGACCGGAUAUUCAUUCUGAAGCCAAGAUCAGCGAGCUUUUCAAGUCCGGAGACAGGAAAUAGUCGUGGUUCGUCACCUGAUUCACAUUUGAUGAUGAGAAACAAAGCACAGAACGAGAGAAACACUUCACAUUUCUUUCUUUCUGAGAUCAAGAGGAAGCUUAAACAUGCAAUCAAAAAGGAGCAACAACCAGGACUGCAGCAGCGUGAAGUGGGAAUUGGGGAAGGGUUUCCGAAGAAUGUACCAACUAAAGAUCAUUUCUUUCUCGAGCGGAUGACUAAGCCUUCAACAUCUCAGAAGAAAGCUCAUAAAGUUUUACAAGAGACCAAUGAAGAUUUUAAAAAGCAAAGGGUAUCUAACAUUUAUACAGAGGCCAAGAAGCAUCUAUCUGAGAUGUUAAACAAUGGAGAUCUUGAUUCAAACUCAACGAGCAGACAAGUUCAGAGAACUCUAGGAAGGAUUCUUUCACUUCCUGAGUACUUGUCUCCUCUAAGUAGCCCAGGAAGAAGAUGGGAAAAGAGCUCAACUUCACACAGGAAGGCUGCUUCAGCAGAUUUCAUAAAUCUUGUGAACAUCAAGAAAGAAACUCAUGCGAGCCAACCAGAGGAUGUGAAGGAAAAUGCUGAUAUUCAGGUGUGCAAUCUAAGCAAAGAACCUGAAAAAUCUAUCGAGUCACCACCACAUACCGCUAGUGAAUCUACUGAAAAAAGAGCUGACAUUGAGGAUGGAACUGCUAACGAAGAUAAAAUAUCUUCUGCAGGUUCUGCAGAUGAUGUAGUGAUUAUUAGUGAGAUAGAUGUAGUUCCAGAAGAGACAAGCUCUACUUUGGUUGGUGACUUAUCCAAAGUUGAAGCUCAUGAUGAACAGAAAGACAGUGAUAUCUCAAAACAGACCUCUUAUGAAGAGAGCCAAUCAUCACUGUCUUCCUCUGUAGCCUCACCAUCUCACUGUUUAGCUAAAACUGAGGAGUGCAAAUCAGCUAUUACUGAUUUUCCUGAGUGGUCAAGUCCAAUAUCAGUUCUUGAUCCUCUCUUCAUCGAAGAUGAUAUAAGCCCAGCAAAAAUGCGAUCACAGUCCGGUGAAGAACAGGUGGAACCUUGGCGUAUCCACUUCGAUGAAAAAGAUUCUGCAGCUAAAAACCGAGAGGAUUAUGUCAAAAACAUCACAGGUGACAAAGAAUUGGUGUUUAAGUAUGUAAGAGCAGUCUUAGACGCAGUAGACUCAGACUUUGAAGAGCUCUAUCUCAAGGCGCAAUUCUCUGACCAGCUUCUUGAACCAGCACUGAUCAGGAAUAUACCAUUCUGUCCAAACCAGCUUUGUCCUGACCAUGAGCUCCUCUUUGACUGCAUCAAUGAAGUUCUCAUGCAGCUAUGUUGUUGCCCUCCAUGGACUUCGUUUGUUACACCUAAAACCAGAGUCUUCUCUAACGUCAAAAGCAUCAUUCACGAGGUUCAAGAAGCGGUCUACUGGCAUCUGUUGCCAUUGCCACUCCCUCACGCGUUGGAUCAAAUAGUUAGAAAAGACAUGGCUAAAGCUGGAAACUGGUUAGACAUCAGUUGUGACAUUGACUGCAUUGGCUUUGAGACUAGUGAACUGAUUCUCGAGGCAUUACUUGAAGAGCUCACUCUCAAUUGUCUCAACAACACUGAGCACUCUCUAGUUCCAGUUGAGUUGAAGACAGAUGAGAGCAUCCUUAGUCUAUAA